CGUAACGUCCGAUCCGAUACUUAACACGGGAGCCCAUCCUUCCAUCGACCCGCGCCUCCUUUUGCCACGGCCCGCGCGCACCGGUCACACAUGGCUGAGACCCCCCGUGCCCCGCCGCCACUGAGGCCUCCGCCGCCCGUUCCGCUGCCCGACACGCCGCCUCGGCCGGAUUCGUCGCCUUCCACGCCCGGCGAGGACUACCACACGCCGACGCCCUCGCUGGACGAGGCGCGCGAAGAAACGCCACCGUGGCCGCAAGAAACCAACGGCAACGGGAGAGCGGCCAGCAAGAGCCCGGCCCUCUCGCCCGUGCGCCUCCCCUCGCCGCACCGCCUGCUGCCGCCCAACUCCCCCACCGGCAACGGCGACGACGGUGCCUCCGCCGGGCAUGCGCCGGUGCCGGGCCGCCGCCCGCAGCUCCGCCUUGCGCCCGGCCUCGUCCGGACGCCGUCGGAAGGGUCCGUCGCCAAGUCUCCCUCGCCAUCGCCCUCUUCGUCGCUGACGCCGCCAUCGCCUCUAACCCUGGGUCCCACAAUCACAACCAACAACAAGAGCGCCCAGAGCACGCCGAAGCGCACGGAGGCAUGGAAGCCGCCGGCCACGGGGAUCGCGGUGCAGUUCGACCCUGUCGAGGAAGCCGUCACGUCGCCGCUGCAACUCGGCAAGCCCCGAAUCGACCGCCAUCGCGCCACUACGAUGGCGGCAGCAGAGAACGGAGGCGGGCCCAACACGGUGCCUCGCGACGUGGCGGCGGUGGCCGCGGUCGGGGAGAGGAGGCCACUGUCGGUGGCGCUGCGGCUGGCCACGGCGGUGCUCAGCUUGGCGUCCUUCGCGGUGAUGGCCAGCGCCCGGACGUCCGGCUGGGACGGCGAUCACUUCGAUCGCUACGAUCAGUACAGGUACGCCCUGGCGGUGAACGUGAUCGUCUGCGCCUACUCAAUCGCGCAAUCGCUGGGUGAGAUCCGCCGUCUGGUCGCGGCGAGGUUUAUUUACAGGAGCAUGUCAAGCUACUACUUCAGCCUGUUCCUUGAUCAGGUCCUGGCGUAUCUCCUCAUGUCCGCGUCGUCGGCUGCCGCGUCGCGCAACGAUCUGUGGGUGUCGAGGUUCAGUCAGGACGCCUUCAACAGGAAGAUCACCAGCUCGGUGUGGCUGUCCUUCCUUGCCUUCAUAGCGCUCGCCGCAAGCUCGCUCAUCUCCACGGCUAAUCUCUUCAGCAUGGUCUAAUUAUGAUAGAUACGGUUCAUCCCUUUCCCUCUCCCUUUGGGGAUGUGGACUGUGGAGUAACUGCCGGCGUUCUUCAUGUAAAUUUUGCAUUUAUAUUGUCACAAAUCAUACGAUCGACUGAUACCGUACGUUGUUCUCGGUCCUGACCUCUGACUCGUCAGAAAAUCCCUUGUAAAGAGGUUCAUGUAGUGCUCGAAUUAAGUUUUUCAAUGUCAAGUAGAAUA